GCGGAAUAUAUUAAUAACAUGUCAAGUAGUCGGCGUUUUAUGUAAAAGCUGAAAUUUCUAUCAAAAUAAACAAUUUUCGAUUACUAUUAGCCUUCUAGUUUAGUGUUUAAUUAGGAAAUUAAUUUAAUAAAAUGGAGGAGAGCGAAAAAACGGAAGAAUCGUGCCGCUUGUGCGAUGAAACAGCAGAGAAAAUGUUAAGCAUCUUCGAUAAAAAUGAAGAAGGCAUUGAAAUUCUUCAAGUGAUAAAAGAUUGCCUGCCCAUCGUCAUUUAUAGAACUGAUCCAUUAUCAAAGCAAAUAUGUGAAAGUUGCUCUGAAACCCUUAAUUCCCUGAGCAGUUUCAAGAAAAACUGCGAGGAAAUUUCGCAGAAGCAAAAGGAAAAACUUAAAGAAGACCCAGAUAAUAAAUAUGAGGCAUUUUUGACAUGUGGAGAAGAAAAGUCAGAAAAACCCGUCCCCUUUCAGGAGGAGGAGGAAUCUUCAGAGCUUAAGGAUGGAAGCACUUCCACAGAUGAUCUUAAUAUAUUUUGCAACAAUUGUAAGCAAACGAUCUUGGAGAGUAAUACAAUUAAUGGGGAACUAGAGUUGGCUAUAGCUGAAUCUAUGGCCAAAAAUAAAGUGAAGACUGAGAAUCCUGAGAAGUCACUUAGAAGAAGAAAGGUAGUUCCUUUUUACCAUGAAUUAGAUGACUCUUUGUGUAGCAGUUUGACUGAGUUUACACAUAACACUGAAGGUUCACAAAUGUAUGAAGAAGACAACAGUGAUAUUGAUGGUUCUGAUGAUUCUAUUGAAGAACUCAGGCCAAGAAAACGAAGGAGGAUAAUAGAAUCAGAUGAAGAAAGUGACCGUACAGAAAAAAAUGAAAGAUCUAAUGGAAUUAGAGAAUUUGAGCGUGAAAAGCCGAUCAUUGCGGAGGAACCAGAAGAAGAAGAGGAAGACGAAAGUACUUUAAUUGAUAAAUAUAUGGAAGAAGAAGAACAUAGGUACCAACCAAUGUCUUUGCUACGACUCGCCUUAAAUAUAAUCAAUAAAACCAAUGUUCCCGAGUACGAACCAUACGACUUCUACCAAGAGACAGUAGUGCCACAGUGUAAACAUUGUAAUCAGCAAUUCCGCAACUUCAAAGUGCUCUCCAUUCAUGAGCAGAAACACAUGGACAUUGAGGUAGGCGAAAAGAUAGACAAUCCUAUCCCGUGGCCAGACUCUAGAGAAGAUGCAGAAGUGAGAAACAAGUGGUUGAAUUACUUUGAUGAAAAUGGAUAUGAAGACGAUGAUAUAGUUGUGGAUGUAAUGGACAGUGACUUGCUGAUUCCUAUUGAAGAAAAAAAUCGAGAUUCCAGUGGUAUGAAACUGACUGGAGAUGAGAAGAUUACUCUAGUCGGUACUCAGCCCAUGGUCAAUGACGUCUAUUUAGGAGAUUUUUCUAAAGAUGAUAGGAAAUUACUGUACCAAUCAAUGAGAAUUCAAGGAGUGAAUAAAAAAUUCUGUCCCCUUUGCAGGUACACCUUUAAAGACAACUGGGCUAUAGAAAGCCAUUACUUUUCUUUAGCCUGCUAUUAUACGUGUCGCUAUUGCGGUAUGCGCUUUAAUAAACAAAGGCAUAAAUUCAAGGAACAUUGUGAAGAACAUGAAACGAAAAAAGAUGAGAUUUCAGAAAAAAUAUUUGCUGCUAGUAAACUAAGUAACAUUAUACCGAAGGUAAUCCAUCCUCCAAAACCAAGAAGGAUAGUAGUUACCCAACAUAAUCCACCUCCAGAGAUGAUAGCCGCCAAUAAUCAGUUCUUUAGCGGACCUAAUCAGCAUCCAAACAAUUUCAGUCCUUAUCUACAAGGUGGUUCUCAGCCUAAGAGAAGCUUUAUGGAACGAAAAACGCUGCAACCCAAUUUACAAAUCAAAGAGGAACCGCAGGAUAAUAAUAUGAAGGAGUUUCAAACCUCACAGUCAAAGACCGGUAACCAGGCGUACUUUUGUCGUAAAUGCUACAAGGUAUUUUUCAAAUUGGACGAAUUUAACGUCCAUAGCAAAAACUGUGAUUUUAGCCAGUUUCCUCAAAUGCGAAAUGCUACUGCUACUCCUCCUGCUAAGAACUUUCCAGCUCCAGCUAAAAAUGGUGAUGUUUCGCCUGCUGGUCGACCUGUUAGGAAUUGUGCCAAGGAAAUUGGUCCAUAUAAGGAUGAUGUAUAUCUACCAGAUCAUAUCCUAAAAGAUCCCAAACCUUCAUCACAACAACAGACAUUCGUUUGCUUUAUCUGUAACACGCCCUUCCCUACUAUUUACUCCCGUAACAGUCACAUGCGUAUCCAUAAAGGAGAGACGCAAGCUCCUCCUUAUCCACCACCUAAUCGCCCUCGUUUUCCACCUGCCCCUAAUCAUCAAAUGGGUCAAAUGAAUUACCGCCCAGCUAUGCAACAAUUCCCUACACCGCCUAUGGACGCUGUUAUCAAACAAGAACCAAUGGAUCCUGCGACAAUGGAACCCAUGGUUGAGAUUCAUGAACAAGCCGGUGGAAUGGAUCAAAACUUUCCAGAUACAUUGGGAGAUGGCGCAGUCAGUAUUACACCCAUUAGCAAGAAUCCUAAGCAGAAGCCACCUCUAAUAAACCCUAAUGUUAUGAAAAUUGUUCAAAACAAUCCGCAGCUUUCGAUUAAAAAGUCGGAUAAAAUGCAGCAAAUGGCUCAGAUGGCUGCUGGUACCAGCCAGUUUCAACAAAUGGGUGGAGCUAACCUACCCGACCCUGACAGAUCAUACAAAUGUUCAUCCUGUUGGGAAGCCUUCGCUAACAAGUCACACCUCUAUUUCCAUAAGAAAAACCAAUGUGAAGGAUCACGGUUACCGUGUCCGUUUUGUAAAAAACGCUUCGGAACAGAAGCAGAGUAUAGUUCACAUAUAUAUUAUAGUCACCCCGAAUAAUGUUAAGUUUUAGUCCCUUGUCCACGAAGUUUAAACAAGGGUUUCUAGUAUUUUUCUGAUGUGUGGUUGCUGUCAUAUUAUAUAUAAAAAUUAACGGCUUGGUAUAAUUUUUUUCGUAUAAAAAAGUAAUUUCUGGUCGUUUCAUGUUCCUAAUCUGCUUGAUCAGAAAAAAGUUAAGAGUUUAAAAAGUAGACAGUUGCAUUGCAACCUAAUACCAGAAAAAUUUGUGAAACCAUUAGAGAAACCAAUUAUUUAUAACUGCCUGAAAAAAGUAUCAUAUAACGUUUGAACACUGCCAAAACUUAUAUUUAAUCCAAUUAUAUUUACAAGGUGAGGGGCGGUAAGUGCGGAGCAAAUAUUUGUAAGUUCAACGUUAUUUUAUAUUUAGUGCUGAAGUUUUGU